AUGAAUAAUGAAAAAGAAAAUGAAGACAAAGGUAACCCGUUGGAUAUUGGGUCGACAAAUUUUAAUAGUGAAGCAUAUCUGAGUGAUUUAUUUCGAAAGAAAAAUUUGCAUGAAUUGGUUCAAAUCGAAGAAGAUAUGGUGCAUAACGUUAGACAGCUUGAUUCCAAAAUGCAACAACUUGUUUACGAAAAUUACAACAAAUUUCUUACAGCAACAAGUACUGUGAAGAAAAUGCAAAAUGAUUUCAUGGAAAUGGGCCAGAAAAUGGAGAUUUUAUCAAAACGAAUGGGUAAAAUAGCGGCAUUGUCGAAAGAUUUUUCUGCAGCAUUCAGCAAACAUCGUACAAAUGUCUCACAGCUCUCUGAAGCUAAUAAAAAAGUGGAAGAAUUGCAAUUUUUGUUAUCCUUACCACAAAAGUUACGAGCAUUGGUCGAGCAGAAGAAUUAUGAAGAAGCAGUGCAAAUUUAUUUAAAGGCACAACCAUCUCUUUUACUCUACAAUGAUAUAGCUUCAAUUUCUGAUAUAUAUAGUGAAGCAAUUACUAUAAUGGAGACAGUUGAGGAACAGCUGAAGCAAGUCGUCUUUGAUUGUCUCAUUUCAUCUGAUGAGCUUUCGGAAGCCAUAAAUUUACUCCUGAAGUUAGGCGUCCAGUCAUCAACUGUUUACAAUAAUUUUCUUGAAAAUUGCAAGCGUAAUUUAACUGAUCAGCUUACAGCAAUGCGAACGCCGAAACAGAAUGCAACAGAUGUUCUGGUUUUCGUGGAUAAUUAUUGUAGAACCUUUUUAACCGAUGUUUCAUUGAUCACAACAAUAAGUCAGCGUUUUUUUUCGAAUGAGGCAAUGGAUAGUUUAAUUCAAUUAAUGGAUUCAUUAAUGAAUCAGUUUGAAGAAAUUGUCAGAAUGCGUUUUUUGGAAGAAACGGAUGCUGCCGAAUGUGCUAUUGUUGUAAAGGCACUUGAUCAUUUUUAUCGUUAUAUGUCAUCGUGUGAGCUUAUACUAGGCACUGUUUAUUUUCCACUAGAUAUUUCCAUGUUAAAAAUCGUUUCAAGGCAUGAAAUAGAAUUUGCACAACGUCAAGUUGUGGAACAUAUUGGAUCAUCCUUGCAACAGAUUCAAGAUGAACUAACUUCAUCGGAAACAUCUUUUUCGAAUACAUCGGUGUUAAGUGAUAUAGUUUCACGUUUGGAACAUUUCUUUCUUGUUCAAAUAAGAACGGCUCUAGCAUCUUUACUUUUUUUCACCGCUUCUGAUACGACAUUUUCAUCACUUUAUCAAGAUCGAUUUUCACUCCUUUUUGGUAUUGAUGUUCACGAAUUAUUGGUUGUAAAAUCUUUGGAUGAAAUUGCUCAAUUAGGUCUGAAAUUCUGUGAUGCUAUGAGUCAAGCGACACCAUCAUUACCCGUUUUUUAUUACGUUUUAGCACAAUUUUUCACCAAUAUCGAAAAUCAUUCGGUGGUUGAUAUUAUGAAUUUAUGCCAAGAGCAAUUCAGAUUGGUAACAGAACGAGAAAGAGGAAAAAAUUCUCGAUUAAGUUCGGUUGAGAAUGUUAAGGUUCGCUUACGUACAACUGCUUAUGAACUUCUGAAAUACUAUGUAUACUUUCAAGGAAUUUAUACUUCUGAGGUUUUAAUACGUAGUAUAGAAUCUCAAGAUUGGAUAAGUUAUGCCGAACCAACAGCAGUGCGAUCAGCUGUAAAGUAUUUUAUCAAUAAUUUAGCUUCCAUCGAUUCAUCUAUUAAAGUUUUUAUGGAUGAAGGUACUCGUAAAGAACGAUUGUUAGAAAACAGUUCAUCUCGAUCACAUUCAAGGCAAACAUUGGAUACAUGUUCAAUCAGCUCAACACUGGAUAAAUUAUGGUCUGAAAGGAUAGAUUUUUGUACAAAUGUAGAAUUCAAUAGUAUAUCAAUCUUGACUGCCAUUAUAAAUGUUGCUUUGAAAUGUUUCCUUGAAUGCGUUCGACUACAAACAUUUUCUGCAUUUGGUUUACAACAAAUUCAGGUGGAUUGUUGCUUUUUACGGCAGAAUUUAUGGCGCUAUUUGUCAGACGAACAAAUUGCGCUUUCGAUAAUCGAUGAAAUUGUUUCAUCAGCUGUACAUCGUUCUGUACAUCCAAAAUUGAUGGAGCCUACUACUGUUAAAGCCUUGUGUGAUCGUUAA